AGUUUCUUGAGAUCCGAGCCAAAACCCAAAGUUCACUUGUGACAACCACACUCAUCAAACAAAGGUUCAAACCGUCACAACCUCUCAGAGAUAGUCGUUGGAGUGAAGCUAGCUAGCUAAGGUUCUUCAAUGGCAGACUACGAAACCCACCACCACCAUUCCUCGAUCCCCAAAGAGACUGCCCUCCAAGCCCUCAACACCAUCAUCCAGCUCCACUUCGAGAAGACCCUCGAGAAGAAGCGAUCCAUCGACCUCCAAAAGAAGGAGCUCCAGAAGCUCUUCCAGUUCUUCUUCCUCUUCCUCGCCCUCGUCUUCCUCGCCCAGGCUCAGCCCUCCCGCCUCCAAUGCCGCCACUGCUGGGUCCCCAUCGUCCUCCUCUCCCUCGCCCACCUCAUCUUCUACGUCUCCGUCGCCCAGACCCUCCGCUGCAUCAAUGGCUUCAAGUACCAGAGGCGCUGCCACAAGCUGACGCUCGGCUUGGCCACCGAGAAGCUCAGGGAGAUGAAGAUGAGGCUCGGCGCCAACGGCGGAGGAGGGCAUGAGUUUGAUGGGAUAGGGGACAAUGAGUUCGAGAUUCAUUAUCAGGAGCCACCCGAGAGUUAUUUUGGCAAGUUCAAGAGGAACUGGGCUCUGCAUUUCGGCUUCUUGAUCGUCAUCUAUGGGUUCAUGGUGGCUUCUUCCGUUGUCCUGCUCUGCUUUUAGGCACUGUUAUUGGGUUGGAUGGAGAGAGAGGAGUAGAUCUUAGAUGAGUUGCUGUGAAAUAGGUUUGGUGAGGUCUUUCUUAAUUUGGAGAGGGUUCAAUUUUAAAGAUUUGUUUCUCCCUUUCCAAUUUGAUGUAAAAUGUGGAAUCUGGGUUGUUCUGUGAGCUUCAAAAAGUCACUAGAGAUUGAUUCAGUUGGGCGCUACUUUAGGCAGAAAGUUGAAUCACUUGAAUGUACUCAACUGGAAACUGGUGUGGCUUUUGGAGAACAUUUCCUUCCUUUGAUUGGAAUCUUUGGACCUUUUCACAUU